UUCACAAAACAUUUUAUUAAUGGACCAUAGACCGAUUUUAGCUAUUACUUUUCAUACAUCUGUUCUUGAUAUUUUUUUUCUUAAUUGUUGGACAGCAUCAUCAAGAAGAUGUGAAGGAAUUAGGGAAAAUCCUAACGGAAGCAGCAACGGAGGAUAAGACGGUAAUCAUAACCACCUUAAACCGGGCUUGGUCUGAGCCGAACUCGACGUUCGAUUUGUUUCUCGACAGUUUUCGUGUCGGUAAAGGGACUAAACCAUUACUCCGACACCUUGUGGUGGCUUGUCUCGACAUGGAGGCCUAUUCUCGGUGCUUGGAGGUCCAUCCCCGUCGCUGUUAUCUCAUGAAAACCGCCGGAAUCGAUUUCGCUGGCGAUAAGGUGUUCAUGACCCCGGACUAUCUCAAAAUGAUGUGGCGUCGUAUAGAGUUUUUGGGUACGUUGUUAAAGCUCGGAUAUAACUUCAUCUUCACGGACAUAGAUAUAAUGUGGCUCCGAGAUCCAUUUCCUCGUUUAUCUAAAGAUGUAGAUUUCCAAAUCGCAUGUGACCGUUUUAAUGGAGAUAAUAACGACAUCUACAACAAUGUCAAUGGUGGUUUCACUUUUGUUCAAGCCAAUCCACGAACCAUUGAUUUCUACAACUAUUGGUACUCGUCGAGGUUGCGAUAUCCGGGUAAACACGAUCAAGACGUGUUCAAUAAAAUAAAAAGCAGUUGGUACACAGCAAAAACUGGACUCAAAAUUCGGUUUCUCGACACGAAAUACUUCGGAGGAUUUUGCGAGCGAGGCCGGGAUUUGGAUAAUGUUUGUACAAUGCAUGCCAAUUGUUGUGUGGGACUAGAGAAUAAAAUAAAAGAUUUGAGACAAGUGCUUGUGGAUUGGGAGAAUUAUUUAUCUGCAGCUAAGACAGUUGAUGGUCAAAAAAUAACAUGGCGAGACCCGGAGAAUUGCAAGAAGCCGUGGUGGUGACAAAAGAAAAAAAGAAAAGAGUACACGGGAGAAAAUAUAAUUGAAGAACUAUAAUACUAUCAUGUUAUUUAUCAAAAACUCAUAUCAUAGUAAAUUUUGUAACAUAAGAAAGUCUCUU